AUGCAGCAUUUAAAAUUUCUGGUUUCAUUUUUUGGUCUUAUCUGUGCAUUAGGUGUUGAAUGCUCAAACUAUAAAGCAAAGACUGAUAAUGACAUUUUUCAAGGAUACUUUGAAGGGGAUAUCAUUGGAAUCUCUCACGAAAACGACAGAAAUGCUGUAGUUGCAGAGAAAAGGAAAUGGCCUAAUGCUGAAAUUCCUUUCGUGAUUGACUCCAAAUUGAAGAAUGUAAAGCCCAUGAUCAGAGCAGCUAUGAGUCACAUCAUGAACGAAACCUGCAUACGUUUUGUGAAACGAAAAGAAGAAACUCAGUAUUUAAAUAUAGUGCGAGGAAAUGGGUGCUACUCUCAUGUUGGAAGAACAUCAGGUGCUCAGCCACUGUCUCUUGGGCCUCAAUGCUGGCAGUUUGGAACAGUUUUGCACGAACUUGGACAUGCAAUUGGCUUCUUCCACGAACAUUCCCGUUCGGAUCGGGAUGAUUACAUUGACAUUCAUUACGAAAACAUACAACCAGGUAUGGAGUACCAAUUCGUUAAGAUGAAUCCGAAACAGCACGAACUGCUCACGCCAUUCGAUUAUGAUUCGAUAAUGAUGUACGGUGAAACUAUCUUCAGCAAGAAACUGAAGAACCCAGCGGAGAAGUUGAAGACAAUAACUGCAAAGGAUGGAAGAACAUUGCAUGACGUUAGUGCAAAAACCGGUCUUAGUGAAAGUGAUAUUCUCAGGAUUUCUAAGCUGUAUAAUUGCUAAAGUUUGUUUCGUUUUUGGUUAAAUAAAAUGCUU